AUGCAGGUUAUUGCAGGCACGCCCUAUCUAGAAAUGCUGAAAUGUCUGAUUCUUGCUCCGUUAAACGUUAAUCAAAACCAACAAUUUCAGGAAACUCUGUCUGCAAAUGACCCAGUGAAGCUGUGCCUAAAUGGUUGCCAAAUAAUUGAGGAUCAAAACGCCAAUUUGGCAGGCGACUCAGAAACAGUGGAUACCAAAGAGUGGGCAAAAGGGAUAAGCUGGUCCAGGCCUGUGCAAUAUGAACUACAGUUAACUGCCUUGAAGGCUGUUACACGAAUGGUGGGCCGAAUCUUUACCUGGCAGGCGAUAAAUGGACGAAAGAUACAUUCGGAGUCGGAAACAAAAAGUUGGUGGUUGGAAGAAAAAGAAUUGCUCGAAGCCAGUGCUUGGUCGGAGGUUAUGAAUUUACUCUUGGACUGGGCAUGUGAGAACAGUGAGUUUUUUUCAAGUGUGCAUAUUUCGCUAAAAAUUCCCUUGCCAUUAAGAGGUCAAAAGAAUACUUUAACACAAGUGAAUUCCAUACACACAAGCUUCUACUACUGA